CAGGAGGCGGGGCUUAAUGUAAUGCUGGUUGGAGAACAGAAAGACCGUGCUGGACAAGAGUAACGACGCAAUAGCGAUUGUAAUUUUAUACAAACAGAAGGAAGGACACUUCAAAAGAAGGUAGGCCCAGCCAUGGGGAAGUCUCUGUUUUCUUUGCCAAAGCAAAAAGAGGACCAGGAGAACCUGACUGAAAACACAGAGUCUCACAAUGAGGACAAACACGAUGUGUCACAGUUCCCAUAUGUUGAAUUCACAGGCAGGGACAGUGUCACCUGUCCUACUUGUCAAGGGACGGGGAGGAUACCUAGAGACCAAGAAAACCAGCUAGUUGCUUUGAUACCAUACAGUGACCAGAGGCUGAAGCCAAGACGAACGACAUUGUACGUGUUUUUAUCAGUGGUUCUGUGUCUGCUCCUUUCUGGUUUGGCCGUGUUCUUCUUGUUCCCCCGGACUAUAGACGUCUCUUAUGUUGGGGUGAAGUCAGCCUACGUCACUUACAAUCGAGAUCAGCGGAUAAUAUAUAUAAACAUCACGAAUACUCUGAACAUCACCAACAACAAUUACUACCCAGUACGUGUGGCCAACAUCACAGCGCAGGUGCAGUUCUACAAGACUGUCAUUGGAAAGUCUAUUGUCAGUAAUGUCACCAAGAUCACCCCUCUGGAUAUGCGCCAGGUGGAUUACACUGUUCCCACCAUCAUAGCAAAUGAGAUGAACUACAUAUUUGACUACUGUACCAUGCCAUCAAUUAAAGUGCAUAACAUUGUGGUCAUGAUGCAGAUGACUGUAACUGUCAUUUACUUUGGCCACGCUGAGCAGGUGUCUAAGGAGAAGUACCUGUACGUGGACUGCGGGUCAAACACCACGUCUUCUCACGGACACAUGAGCGUGAUACAGUGAUGUCCCUCCGUAUAACACAGUUCCUCACGUUCCCAUGUGGUGAAACAAGAACCUGUUUUGAGUGUUACAAAAGACAGAAGUCUGUUAUGUAGAGUGAACACGACAGGACUGAUCAGCAAGUUUCAGCCAGAGCGCUGAUGUCUUUCUAUGCCACCAUUAUUGAUCUUUUAGCACAGCACUGAAGCUCUUGCUUGGAUAGACAGAAGCACUGUAGUAUAUUUUGGGAAAAGGGAUGACAGCAGCAGUAUAUUUUACAUAGCUGCAAACAAUCAAACCACUUUGAAUACUCUUACAAUUGUACUUGUUUUGUUUUGUAAUGUUAAGCUGCACUUUCCAUUAGAUCAUGAUUAUUUUUAAUUGUUAUUUAGCUCUUUGGAAUAUGAGUUGAUAUGUUAACGUAUAUCAACUUGCUAGCUUGUUCAUAAGCUGGUUCAUAAGUUCAAAAGCUAAUGAGAUUUUUUUUUUUUUUUUUCAAAUUUUAAUACUACAAUAAGUAUGUAUAUUAUUAUUUAUAAUAAAUUUAUACUUUAAAGGGAAAUUUAGAAUAAAGGUCUAAAUUAAUUAAUUUUAAAAAAUAAAGUGGCCGAUACAAAUUCAAACAUGAAACAGAUGUCAUAAUAAAACAUAUUAAAAUACAUAUAAAUUUACCUCAGUGGAAAUACGAUAUUAAAAUGAAAAGUGAAUGAAAAAGAAGGAAGGUUAUUAGUUUUGUAUUUUAGAUUUCCAUUCAUUGUUCUUGAAGCAUUUCAUCCGUUACAUUUUAGUCAAAUUCGACUGUAUUUUUCUUCUUUUUGGUGUUGAUGGUGUUGAUGUUGAUGUUUCUCACUCACUUUAACCCCUUUGCUUGUCUUGUUUUGUUGGAAUGGCACUUUUACAUCAAAACCUCUUUACAUUGUGUAUUAUUUAAAUGCUAUUUUAGAGAUUUAUCAAUAAAUUACAUUUCUUUGA